AUGAGGAAGCUUGGCAAUGCCAUCGUCAGGGGGGCUGUGGUGGACACCGGCCAGAUGUCCUCCUUCUGCGUGAACUGCAUCUCGAUUUCAAAAGGGAACACGCCAAUGCUUACGACCCAGUGUCGUGGCGUCGAUCGCACUGGAGCCAUAAUUUUCUGGUCGAACUUAGAAAAGCUGUUCAAGACUUUGGAAAAAAAAAAAAUAAAAAGGUUGCUUCUUGAGUCGGGGCAGGGAGAGGAUGUUGAAGACGUAGGAAGCUGGAGAGGAGCUACUGAGAAGACGGAAGAGCCUCUCCCGGGCCUGAGGGCGCCCUUGUCCGUGUCUCUCGGCAGGUUUUGGAUGGUGACUAAGAAGGGCGGACACAUGGUCACAGCCCGGCAGGAGCCUCGCCUGGUCCUGGUCUCCGUCACCUGUGAAGAUGACUCCCUGAUCUUCAGGGCUCCCGGCAUGGACCAGCUGAUUUUGCCAAGCGAGAUGCCUUCCUCGCACACGGUCCACGACUGCAGGCUUUUUGGUCUUGACAUCAAGGGUAGGGACUGUGGCGACGAAGCAGCUCAGUGGUUCACCAACUUCUUGAAAACAGAAGCUCUCAGGCUGGUUCAGUUCGAAAAGAACAUGAAGACAAGACUAUCGAGAGAAAUUUUCCCAGCGGUACGACAGAGUUACCAGGUGGCCUACCCGGACUGCAGCCCAGUCAUGAUCCUCUCAGAAGCCUCCCUGGUAGAUCUGAACACCAGGCUGGAGAAGAAAGUGAAAAUGGAGAAUUUCAGGCCCAAUAUCGUGGUGACGGGCUGCGAGGCUUUCGAAGAGGAUACCUGGGAUGAACUCCUCAUUGGCAACGUGGAAAUGAAAAAGGUUUUGGCUUGCCCCAGGUGCAUCAUGACCACGGUGGACCCGGAUACCGGCGUGAUAGACAGGAAGGAGCCCCUGGAAACCUUGAAGAGCUACCGCCUGUGUGAUCCUUCAGAGAAGCACGUAUUCAAGUCAUCCCCACUUUUCGGGACCUAUUAUUCUGUGGAAAAGGUUGGAAGCUUGAGAGUCGGUGACCCCGUGUAUCGGAUGGUACAGUGAAGGCCCCACCGGGGUGACACGGUUUCAGCGAUCAGGAGGCAUUGAUCAGGAUUUUAACGACUGCCACACCAACACCUCAGCGAGUCAUCAGCCAGUCGCUGAGCAUCUUCACCCUGGAAAUGAAUCCGUUUUGACUUUUUGGAGUUACAUAUGCUUCGAGUUAAUGCAGGGAAAGUCAUAGAGGUGAUUUGGGAAUAAGAAGGUAUAUAGAUUUUAGCUAAUGAGUUUUUAAAUAAAUAAAAUUGUCUGUAAAAUUAGUUUGAAUGUUAGUGUAACUAUUUUACUUCUCCAACCUCUGACAUCAAUAUUGAUGAGUAAAGAAAGUUGAAAGACAUCAGCUAAAAAGCUGCAAAAUUUUUUUCUGAAUGUUUAUAUUUUAUUACCUAUCGCUCCAUGUUUUAGAAGAAAUGGGAACAGGUUUUCUGAGAUGCCUUUGUAUGUGAACACGCUCACAAAAUCCUAUUAGUGAUUUUUACACGAUUAUUGAGUCCCAGUGACUUUUUCGCUCAAGUGUUUUUGACCUGGCUAUCAUGGAAUCAGGUUGAACUUCAGUAUGGAAAUGAUCGUAAAGACCGUCUUUUGAUAUUUGAUUACACCUCUGUUAAGCCAUAUGAAAGUAAUUGCAUGUAGCUGUGGAUGCACCAGCUGGAUUUCCAAGUAGGAUAAAAGAAUGAGAUUUAAAAGAGCAUGGAAUCUGAGCAUCGACUUAGGAAGAAGGAAGUUUGUGCAAAUAUUUUUUUAGGCGCAAAUAAUUUUUUUGCAGCGAAGAGAAGCGAACUAUUUUGGUAUGACUAAACAAAAAUUCUCAUUGAAGUAAUACGCGAGUGAACUAACCCACUUAUAAUUUUGUAAUUACUUUAAUAUCAAUAAAUGCGGCUCUCCAUUGUA